AUGGCCCGCGACGCCGAAUUUCGAAGCGGCAGCUCGUCUGGCGGCGCCUCUGCGUCUGGGCCUGGGUCUGGCACUAGCCCGGUGGCAGGGGCGGCAGCCGCCGACGAGGGCGGGCGGCCAUUCAGCGGUGUCAGCGGCAUUAGCAUCAGCACUGGUGCAAGGACCCUCCACAGCAGCCGCAGCAGCAGCGGUGGCAGUGCCAGCAGCAGCGGCGGCAACGACGGCGGUAUUGGUACUAGCACCGAUAGCCUCGGCAGCCACCCUCACAGCCUCGGUCGAGGCUCUGAUCCGCGGCCUUCCCCUUGGUCAUCAUCCCCCAUACUUCCGACCGAGUCGCAUUCGCCACUCUCGCAUUCACCCACGUCGCCCUCCUCGUCGUUUUCGGUAGGCGCCACCGAUCGGCCCAGCCCCUACGAGGCGUCCUUCGCCACCGCCAGAUCGUCCCUCUUCCCGUCCCCCAUUGCACUGCAGGCAUCCUCCAAGCCUUCUCCCACACCACCGCAGCCGUCUCCGUCGUCGCAGACACCUGGCACACCGGCCGCAGCCGACUCCCUCUUCCUAACCCCUUCGCCCCUUCCUGGGCCGUCCUCGGGCUCGUACUUUGAUCGCGGACUGCACCCGGACUUUGGAACAUCCACCGGUCUCAUCUCGCCGACUGGCAGCGUCCGACGCUACCGUCAACUCGAGGCAGGCCAGGAGCGCUUCCCUCGCCUCCCAUCCGCCUUCUUCGCGCACCGGCUACAGCCCGGCGGUGACGACCUCGAGCAGUCGCCUUCCCGCAGGAGGCCCUCGCGCAUCCCCACCGACAUCAACGACCCGCAUCCUUUCGGUGUCUGGAUCUCGGAUCGCCGCGGACCCACUAGCCUCCCUCCUCCGCCCAGAUCCCUACCCAACUCGCUCUCUCGUCGACGUGGCGAGCAGCUGGUCAGGACCCACAGCGUCCAGACCACGGCUUCGCCGACCGCUACAGCGCAGCCCAGCUUUGACGCACCGCAGGCUCAGCACCACGACUGCGACCACGGCAUCACCUCAGAGGCUCACGACCUGUAUCGCCGUCCCGCUCCCACCGCGACGCAUCUCGCCUCCAGCCCGUCUCAUCCUCCUGUGGCCGGCAGUGAUCGCCCUUCCACCCUCCCCACACCUUUAGACCAUCGGCGAUCGCCCUCGGACCAAUCCGCCAUCAGCUGGGCGACCGAAGGUCACGUCAGCCAUCGCACCAACCGCCUGUCGACCUGCAGCAGCACCCAACCCAGCCUUGGCCUACGAGCACCAUCCGUCUACGGCCCCACUGUUUCCGCGUCUUUCUUGUCGGGCAGCCGCUCCCCGUCGACCACCUUCACCACCCCUAGCCUUGGCGCCAGCUCACGCGUCAAGCACUCGCAUCGGAACAGCGCUGGAGGCUUCUCGUCGCGCCAGCACAGCAUCGCCUCCUCCGCCGACUUUGCGCCGCCUCAGCCGCUGCCGCCGCCGCUGCUGGUGCCCAUCGAGUCGCUGACGCCGCAUCGCGAGGAGCCUUCGUUCAGUUCCGGCUCGAGCCCAACAGUCACCGGAGCCACUUCACCGCGGCGCGAGGCAUCCGGUCGGUCGACGUCGCUGAGGACCAAAGCCUCGGCGCUCAGCUCCCUCUUCCGCCUGGCUCGACGAGAUCGGUCCGACAACACCUCGACGUCGGUUCGCCGAGCCGCCAACACCAGCGAAUUCGACGAGAGCGCUACAGCCGACGCGGGUCCCGCUUACGUCGCCCGCAACGCAAGCUUCGACGACGACGUUGCUGCGAUCGCAGAGGCUGCAGACAUCGCACGAGGCUCGCGCGGCCGGCCGUUUCGCCUCUUCAGCUCCAACGCCAGCCUGCGCCGGCUGCGAAAGAGCUACUCCCAGUUCAUCCCGCCUUUUGGCCAAAAGUCGGAUCGAGGAAGCGAAGCGCAAGCUUCACACGUACCGGUCGCACGCGUUCUCGAACAGGCCUCGACCUCGGUCCGACCGUACUUUCGGUCUGCUGAGCCCGAGCUCGAGCUAGUAGCCCCUGCGCGCGCCACCCCGUUGCCCAGCGUGUUUUCGCGCGGCAGCAGACCCGGCCAGGGCGGCCUUCGAGUCCAGGACGUGUCAGAGUCCGGCUUCCCCCUGCUGCUGCCUGUGACGCCGGGAUCCGAGACCGGACUCUCGAUCAACUCUGACUACGUGCCUCGCGACGACGACAGCGGUGGCUCUCGGCCUUCGACUGGUGGUGUCAACAAGCAGCAACAGCAGCAGCCGUCGUCGCGGGACUCGAUCCCUACCCUUUCCACGAUCAAGCGGCGUGGUGGCGAGCGCAUCGCCCCGCUGCUGAAGGAGCAGCAACCAGGCCUCCCAGAGCCGGGCCACGACAGGGCGAUCCUCGACGCCGAGGACACGCAGGCCAGCAUGGUCCCCUCCACCGCAUCGCGCAAGGCGUUCGAACAGGGAAGCGAGCCUAUUCACGAGAUGACGGCAACACAGGAUCAGGACGGCGCUGCACCCCUCCAACCCGCUCCGAAUCAACCGCCUAGAUCUUCUUCUGACGACUACCAGCCCGCGUCUACCGCCCCGUCGUCGAGGCCCUCGCUGUCCAGCGGCAUGAUGGCCUUUCCGACACGGCAGCGGACAGAUUCGCGGCCAACUACUUCGCCACGAGCCGCCAUGCUAGCGGCUGCGGCUGCGGCCAACGCUAGCAGCAUGCCCAGGCCCGACCAGCAAGGUGACGAUGCCACCACCUCGGAUGUCCAGCCUGCUUCACCCUUUGCGCCCGCUGCUGCGGCCAACGAAUAUGGCUCACAGUCGCAGCAGGCCGUCAAUGGCGGCUCUCGACAGAGCGUUCGACGGGGGCUCGGCAUGCGGGCCGAAAGCGAAUCCGCCUAUACCCGGCCGUCUUCGCGGCUGCAGGGCUCGCCUUCGAAGCAUCAGCACGGCAGAAGCAAGGAUGAUGCAGACGGCCUGGCAGAGGAGCGGCGAAACGAGAUCCUCCAAGGCAAGCAUUCGCGCGGCAACUCGAUCGCGUCCGGCUUCCGGCGGCUGAUGCGCAGGACGAGCCUCCGCGGCAAGUCGCAGUCGAUCAGCUCGCUGCCCCCGGCCAUGUCGCCUACGCGGUCCUUCAAGGGCCUGCAUCCGGACAUUGAGGUCGAAGAGGGCUCCCGUCCGUCCUUUGGCGAGUUUGGCGAGCUCAGCGACGGCGUCCGGCCUCGCAAGGAGUCGGUGACGCGGACCAAGUCGGGCAAGGCGUCUUCCUCGAUCUUUGCGCCCUUCCGCUCGAGCAAGGAUCCUGCCACCGGCAACAGGUCCAAGGCCAGGGCCAACUCGGGCAUUGGCGGCGGCAAUGGCGGUCUGACAGCCCCUCUUUGGAAAAAGGAUCGCAACUUGGACGGCGACGAGUCGUUCGGCAACAGUGGUCCGCUAGAGCAGCUUUCCGGGCUGCCGAAGCCGUCGCGCGACCUGCCCUACAGCUUCCGCGCCGCGCACACCUUCGAUGCCGCCUCGGAUCACACGGACAGCCCCACCGUCGAGCCUUUUACUUAUCCGCGGCCUGCACCGGAGGCGACCUCCGAGGUGGCCGCAGAUCUUCGUGGUCGAUCCGACGCGGAAUCGCGCACGUCGUCUACAGAGCCACAGGGUCCUGUCGAUGCGCCAGCGGCCGAGUCGGCGAGCCAUAGCUCAAUCGAGCACCUCGUCGGGGAGGAGAGCACGCCGAGGCAGGUCGCCAGAGAAGUUGAGGCGAGCCCGCGCGAGAGGCCCGUCUCGGAGCUCACGAUCAACACCGACGAUGGCAUGGGCGUCGCUCUCGGCGGUCGCAGCGCCACCGACCUUUCCGAGUCCCUGGCGAUCAACGGCUUGACCGCGUCAAGCAGGCAGCUUGCCAGCUCGUCGGGCGCCGAGGCCGCGAGAUCGGGCAGGGGCAGCCUGCCGACCGCGUCAGGCACUGCAAGCAGCCAGGCCUCGUCCAACCUUUCGAUCAAGCCUCGAGUCGGUAUCCCGCGCAUCUGGCAGGGCAUCGAGAUGGCCGAGUCGCCCGUGGUUGUCUCGGCGAGCGCGGCCGCAGCUGAUGAUGAUCUCGAUGAUCCCGCCGUGCCCCGCACCGGCUCCGACUCUUACGAGGGUGCGGCGCACUCUCGCUUCGACACAGUCACCACUACCAGCUCCUUCAAGACGGCCGAAAGCUCCCCCACGUCUCCUCGACCCUGGCAGCUGCAGUCUUCGCGGUCGGCAUCGCGGCCGAGCCUGCCCUCUCUCGAACUCGGCCCGCACUCGCCGAGGACUCGAGGGUUUGAUUCGCCGCUCUCGGAUCUCAUCACGAGCCUCGAGCAGCGCCUCGACGGACGGAGCACCGCCACCUCUGCGCCCUACUUCGAUGCCCACUCGGAGGAAUCCGAGAGUGUCGCGUCGCGCGACGCACGCCCCGCGAUCGCUGCCGGUCCCUCAUCGCCUGAGUUUGGCGGCAGCGCGUCUAUGUCGACUGCCGCAUCGAUUGACCGGCUCCCGAAGCUGACCAGCGACGAGGCUGCGGAUCACAGCUCGCUCCGCGCCGAGUCGAUCUCGGACGCGACGACUGCCGAGGCGGAGCCCGAGGAUGCGAGGCGCAACACGUUCGGCGAGAUGGGCCGCCUGCUCUCUCGGCCCACGGCGACGUCGCAGACGCCCGCCUCUGAAGAUGACAGCCUCUCGGUUCGGGACCUCAACGUCGAAGAGAUCGAGAGCCACCUUGCCGCCGUGGAGGCAGCGCUGCAGGGCCACUUUGUUGAGCGCAGUGCCGUCCCCGCCGCGGCCAACGCUGCAAAUUUCGAGGGUGACCGCGGCUCGGCGGCAGACGGACUCGACUUUAGCAUGCUGGCGGAAGACGGUAGCUUCAGCCGCAGGCAGGCGUCGCAGCUGUCGGAUGGCGGCGAUAUCUCGAUGCCAGGUGCCUGGAACAGCUCCUCGUCGUCGAGUCGCCCCUUUCCCUCCGAGGAGAGGAGGCUGGCGCUGGCGCCGGCAUCGCAGCAGGCCAUCGCGGAUGCCGUCCGCCAGGUGCGAAGAGCCAUCAGCUCCUCGCAGCUUCCGAGGCGCGACGGCGCCGGCGAACCUGACGAGACGCGGUCCCAGGCAGGUGACGUGGAUGCCAGCCUCGCCGUCGAUGCCAACGACAGUGUCGACGAAGACGAGGCACGCGAUCGCCUCGCCCAGCUUGGAGGCGACACGACGAUGCGAUCCGAGGUGACGCCGGUCCGGGCUGCGCGGCGCCGCCGCGACUCGAUGCGCGACAUCGAGGAAUCCUACGGACGCAUGCUCGCCCUCGUGCAGUCGUCCGCGAUCGGCGUCACGCCAUCGCCCAUCAUGAAGAACGACGCGAGCCGCUUUGGCGACCGAACGCCGCACCGAAGGAGCAAGCGCGACCCCUUGAGCGCGUCGAUGCAAGAGGCUCAGCAGGAAAGUCCGCUCUCCCGCACGACGGCGCAGGCUGCUGAGCGUCGCGAGCGGACCCGAAGCACGCCAGUCGGCAGCCAGCCUGCCCAGGCGGCUGCCCUGGCGACCACCGAGGCGAGGGCGCCUCUUGUCCCGGCAGCCACGCGCGCCUUGGGCGCCCGGUUCAUGGGCCAGAGGAGUCGCGGGCACAACCGGAUCAACUCGAGCGGGGUCGAGGUGCCCGCAUCGACGUCGCUGUCCGGCCUCAUGGGCAUGCAUCCCAAGGACGAGGCCACCUGGCACCUUCGCGGUCGCACGAGCUCCUCGUCCUUUGGCUCCUUCCGGCGAGUCGCGUCCGAGUCGCCCGUCCGCCUGCCGCGCAUCGACAGCCCUUCGUUGAUCGAGGAACGCGAAGCUAAGCGCCACUCGGCCGGGGUGCCAGACACGGGAAGCGGCCACCGCCAGGCGCAACUGCAGCUGCUCGCGGAUCAAGGCAAGGAGACGAUGCCAACAGGGCAAGGACGUCACGGUCCAGAUGUGCAGGCGAAACGCAACAGCCACGAGCAGACCGUCACGGGCCGCGCCAGCUCCGGCGCCGGAGGCACGUCGCCAUCGGCCACGGCCAAGACGCUCGGCACGCCCCGCUCGCAGCCCGCAACUGCUGCCUCAUCCCGCCAGAGCCAUAGUGGACACUGGGACGAGGGCGCAUCCGCUGGGCACCAACGAGGGCCACAUGCGCAUGGCACCGGAGAGGCGAGCUCGCUGCUGCACACGGCCAUCGAAGCUCGACAGCAGCGUGAGCGGCUUGCUGAAGGGAGCCAGGACCGUCACUCGGCCGCGGCUCACACCCGAUCGCCGACGUUUGAGUCUCGACCUUCGAGCCUCUCGCACCACACCGGCGACGCCUCGCGGUCGACGGAUGGUCACGGCCGCCGACGCUCCCGGGUGCACCACUCUUCCGCUGCGGCCAGCGCUGCUGCUGCUGCUGCCGCCGCCGCCGCGGCUGCGUCGAUCGCAUCGUCGCGUCCCGCCGAUCUUCUGUCGCCGUCCCACUCGCUCGCAUCCGGCAUCCGCAGCCGGUACGAGAUCGGCUCGAUCCGCGACUGGUCGUCCCAGGUCAGCUAUCGCCCCGCCAGCGCGCGAUCCAGCGCGGUUGGGGCGAUGAUUCCGCAGCGAGAGGACAGCAGCAGCACGAUGGGCGCUUCCGAGUACGGCGCUCUGGCGGCACUGGGCGUGGUGCCGUCGAGCAGCGCUUCGCACGCGUCGGUGGCGACUCUGAUGCGACGUCACGAGCUCGAGCGCGAGAGCCUGCUCGACAGCCUCGAGCGGACGCGCGCCGAGGUCUUGGAGCUCAGGACGCGCAACGAGAGCCUCACGCUGGAUCUCCACGCCGAAGUCACAAGGGUGCUCGAACUGGAGCGGGAGCUGGAACUGCGCGAGGACCGCGAGUUGAAGCUCCUUGAGCGGACGCAGCAGCUCGAGCGCGAAGUGGCUCGCCUCAUCGCUGGAUCGCAGCAGGACGGCACCCGCCAGCGGCUAGCCGACGAGUCGUCCGAGUCGCGAUCCAUUGAGGAGCGGACGAGAUCGAACCGCACCUCGCAGGCCAACACCGCCUCCGACCACAGCCAGGGUGACAGCGGCCCGCACAAGGUGUCGUCGUUCGGCACUCGACCCGGGCACCGAUCGACCAACUCCGAGGUGGUGCUGCCGAGCACUCUCAAGAGUCCGACGAUGCCCACGGGUGGCGACGAGACCGCGACGAUGUCGUCGCUACGGGCGCCGCGACCCUCUGCGCAGGAGCGUGCGAGGCCAGUCUCGCUCUUUAGCGGGCCGAGCGGCUUGACGAGGCACUCCCCCGCUUUGCGCAACGAUGCGAGGCUGGGCGACUCGAUCCGGGAAGCAUCCAUUCCGGCUGCCAACGGCAGCAGCCGCGCCGAGGAACGUCCACCCGUGGCGGAUCGCAGUCCCAAGCUGCGCCAGUACCCUUCGCUGCUAGGUCUCGACCUCAACCCCGACGACGCCGACUGGGCCCUCGCCGACGAGCAGCCGCCCGAGGAGACUUCGAGAGACUCGCUCGAGGGGAGCGACGACGAUCCCGAUGAGUCUCGCGGUGAUCUGAGCUCGUUUAUCGCCAACUACGCCGACACGGUGCCGAGCAGGUCGAUGGAGUUCCCGGUCAUGAGCUCUCCACGUCGACCUGCGGCAGGCGGCAGAGGGGGAGCGGUGGUGGCGAAUUCUCACCCUCCGCUGCCGUCCGAUGCUAGGUCCGGCCUGCAUGGACGCAGCACGGACGAGGGUGAGGCGUUUGGACGGGCAGAAUCUCAGCAGUCGAAGCGCGCUGAGUCGCUGGUGCACCAGGGCGUGAAGGAGGCGCAGUCGGGUCCCAGCAGCAGCGCCAGCAGCGUCAACCUGCCGCAGCGCACCAGCAGCAUCCGCUCGCCAUCGUCUGCGGCCACCUCGUCGUCGACGGGCGCUCGCGGUCAUCGGCGCGUUCCCGGCUCCCUCGGCUUGCCCGCGACGUCGAGCCUCCCGCGGCUCGCCGGCACGCGCUCGCCGUCGCACCGCACCGUGAGCAGCACGUCUUCGAUCCGGAGCACGUCGUCGCGGCUGCAGCAGCCGGGAAGCCUGUCGGGUAUCCCCUUUGGCUUCAACAUGGCCACGGCCACGGCCAACCGGCAGGCGUCGAGCGCCACCAACAAGUCCAAUUACACGCACGCCUCGAGCUACACGGCGCGCUCGACGUCGCCGGUGGGCUCGUUUGUGUCCAACUGGCGCCACCUCGACGGCGACACGGCCGCCUCGUCGUCCAACCUGGCCUCGCCCGAGCGGCCAGGCAUGACCCAGUCGGGCACCGCCAGCUCGUUUAGCACCGUCAAGGGCGGCAGCGGCGGCGGCGCAAGCGGCGGCGCGGGGUCCGGCGAGGCGAAAAAAAGCUGGAUCGCAGGCUACUACGACCCGCGCAGGCCGGGCGGCUAUGAUCCGCACGCGCUGCCCGACCGGCACCAGGCGCUCCUCGACACGAGCUUCUCGAGUAGUGUCGACGACGAGGCCUAG